GGCUAGUGAGGCCCCGUGCAGAACCCCGCCGCAAAGAUUAGAUCAUCUACUCGCAUCUUAUCUAGCCCACGAUCCUUGCAUUGCUUCCUUCAAUGCUGGCCCUUGCCGGCCGUUCGGACUGAUCUUGCCCUGCAUCUAAUCUACGCCGGGCCCUACAGCAUACGGUACACUCUAGAGUUAUCGAAACGGACUGCGGUUGUGCGUUUCGUUGUUCACAGACCUCGGGACACCAUCCUCAGAUCCUGAGGGCAACGAUUGAUAUAAUGCCCUCAUCCCCUGCGCUGUUCCUCGCCAUGGCACCCGGGUCACUCCUUUGUUCUGUUGCCGGCUCUUUUGGAAAACCUUUUGACGAUUUCAAAGCCUCGCCUUGAUUUCACAUGACUCUGUACGACUGCAUUGUGGUGGGCGCCGGCUAUGCUGGCCUUGCCGCUGCAAAGACCCUCCACGAAGCAGGCAGGGAAGUUCUGGUCCUCGAGGCCCGCGACCGCGUUGGCGGCCGCGUCUGGACGAAACACUUUCCCGACGGCACCUACGAAGACUAUGGCGGCUCGUAUCUGGGAGUGCAACAGCCACAGAUGCACGCGCUGGCCAAAGAGUUCGACGUCCAUACAUUCAAUGUCCCGACCAAAGGUAAAAGCGUCCUCUACUAUCGGAAGCGCGCCCACCGGUAUUCCGGCUUCAUACCUCCCGUGGCGCCAUGGUCGGUGCUCGACCUCGGUGUGGCCAUCAAGAAGUUCGAGGCGAUGGCGGCGACGGCCGACCUCGAAGAACCGUGGAAGACGCCAAACGCGCAAGAGUUGGACAACAUGACCGUCGAACAGUGGAUGCGGAGGCACGUCUGGACACGCUCGGCCAGAGACAUGAUGCGUCUCGCGGUCGAAUGCAUCUGGGGCGCUCCGGCGUCGCGCAUCAGCCUCCUGCAUGGCCUGUGGUACUCCAAGGCCGGCGUGAGUCUGACGGUGCUCAGCACGAGCGAGCACGGCGCUCAGCAGCAGCUGAUCAAUGGUGGAGGGCAGGCCAUUGCCAACGGGAUCCACGAGCGACUGGGCGAGAUGGUGCACCUGGGCGAGCCUGUCACUCGGGUCGACCAGACGAGCGGUCCAGAGGUGAUCGUCCACACAAAGACCGCGGUCUACACUGCUCGCCGCGUCAUCUUCGCCAUCCCGCCCCCACUGGUCUUGCAGGUGCAGUUCGAGCCGGCUCUGCCUUCGCCCAAGGUCCAGCUGCUACAACACAUGCCCAUGGGCGCAACCUGGAAGGUCUUCGCCUCUUACCCCGAGCCUUUCUGGCGCGCCGAGGGACUGAGGGGGGAGGUCGCGAGUCCGGACGGCAUGCUCGGCAUCAUCUUCGAUUUCUCGCCCGAGGAUGGCAGCCGAGGCGUGCUCAUGGGGUUCGUCGUCAGCUCGAGAGCCCACCGCUUCGCCGACAUGGACGAGCACGCCCGCAAGAAGGUCGCGCUUCAAGAGUUGGUGGCUUGCUAUGGACCGAGAGCCGCAAAGCCCACCAAGAUGUCCGUCCACAGCAUGUGCAACGAGCCGUGGUCGACGGGCUGCCCCGUGGCGGGCAUGGGGCCUGGCGUCUGGACAGGUUUCGGUCGGUGGAUGCGGAAGCCGGUCGGGCGGGUGCACUGGGCAGGCACAGAGGUCGCGACGGCUUGGAGCGGGUACAUGGAGGGCGCCGUCCGGUCUGGUCAGCGUGCCGCCGGCGAGAUCCUCGAGAUUUUGAAUCACGGCCGUUGAAGCGGAUCCUACUGUCAGGAUUGACCCGGUCAAGGCCGCACCGUAAUGGGUGGACGUACAGCUCACAGAGGGAUGAGGUUCGGCCAACGGGUUCAAUAGGAGGAGGAGGAUGGCUAUGGACGAAAACCCACCUAAAUUGAUCUUCGGCACCAGGAGUAUGCUGGUUCAUCGCUUACGUGACUUUUUACCUUGACAAGGAACGAAAUUAUAGGUCGUUUUAACAAGCCACCAAUGACCCGCACCUUUCGUCUACGACCUAAAGGCUUGGUCGGACCGCAAGUGGAAUGCAUAUGGUGAACUAAAGAUGUGAAUGUCGUCGGCAAGCCUUUAGUCAGGUCGGCUGCGAAGUGAGUGAGAUGGGUGUCGUAGACGAGUUUCGACGUCGUUCCAUCUUCCAUGAAAUGCCCUAUAUCGCCAAAGAUCAAGAGCCACGAAGUAGCGUCAAUCUAUGGUGGCGACUGAAAUCCCGUCACCUUUUCAAAAUCCGCCACGAGAGCAUCCCACAACCUUGUCCGCCGUGCCCUCGGAACGCAUGUUCGCCAGGAGUUCCUCCACCUUUGCCGACACACCCUCGCACUUGUCACUGAGAGUAUACACCGCGCUGCUCUUGUUUGCAGUCAGAUCCCGUUGCCGACACGUCGUUGCCCUGCAAGGGAACGUCGGCGCGAUGGAAUGCAAGUCUAGCCGCAGGGUUCAAUUUCUCCACGGCUGCAAUGGUGCGGUCUGCCGACGCUUGAGAUCGACCGACAAGAUAGACCCUCAGCUUGGCCGCAUGCUUUGCGAGGGUGGUCACCUUGUACUCGCCAAUGCCACUCGUUCCUCUAAUGAAGAUGGCCACGAGACCGUCGGGAAACGUUGAGGAGAUGCGCUCGUUGGAAGUGAGGAUGUGUUCGAGGGACACCACGAUGAUUAACCCUGGAGCCUGUCUGGUGGCGGAUUGUCUUUCGGUUGAGUCUGUCGGAUAUUAUGGUGGAGCGGAUAUAGAGGUCAGCGCACACUAGGCGGUUAUACAAACCAGAAAGUUAAAUCACCCUUCGGAGCUGUACUUUCUCAUAGCACAUGACCC